CCCUCUUUGCUCCUAUGAUGUCCUCGCUCGGGCCCUACUGACUACUGGACUAGUUUUCAUUACCAAAUUUUUAGCAGUGUGCGCUUGACUUUGAACCCAGCAUUAAAUCUGCGAAAGAUUAAAUGACCCUUUACAAAAUCAAUUGAAGUACGCAAAAACUAAAUCAUUUUGCAUUAAAGCUUAUUGCAAUGGGAAUUUAUUUCGUUUACAAAAACCGCUCGAUAAAAAGAUUUGUGACCAGUUCUCCUCCUCGUACCAAAGCGGUAAAACCAUGUUAAAUCCAAGUUCAGUUCUGAUCUUGGUCCUGGGAACCCUUGUCAGCGUUCACGGUAUAGCAGUCAUCACAGCGGCUGAUGCCGCUACAUCCAGUGGAACAAAUCUGGGAUUGAUCACCAUACCGUCGCAGGCGCAAGUAUGCACGUGCUCGCUGUCAUUGUCCUGCAGCUGUUGCCAAAGCGUUGUAGUGAACGCUGUCAAUACAACCAAGACUCUGUGCCUGACAUUCAAAAUUAGCGUACUAAGUGGGUCAGUAGAUGUAGAUGUCACCAUGGAUGGAAAUUCGAUGACAAAGUUCACCAUCAGCACUACGUCACCACCCACAUUCUGCCUGCCAGUGCUCUCGGUAGUAACGCCCCUGGACAUGUGCCUCAAGCUGAACAUAAAGAUGGCUGGGCUGUCUGGGUCUGGAAUCCAGGCUUGCCCGACCUUCUAUUCCAGCUAUGAUAGCAGCAACGUUGUCAGCUAUGAUUUUCCGUGCAUUCAGCUGGGCUUGGAUGGAGUAAGCCUGGUGUGAAAGAAACAGGCGGAAACAUUUGUUUUGCUUUGAUGGUUUAUUUUUUCUUUAUAUAGGAUGUAUUACAUUCUUUGCAGUAAGCCGUAGAAAUUCAUAUGUACAAAUGUUACAUACAUAUAUA